GAUGGUCAGAGACUGCGGACACAGUACAGGAGAUGACCAGAGACUGCGGACACAGUACAGGAGAUGACCAGAGACUGCGGACACAGUACAAGGAAUGACCAGAGACUGCGGACACAGUACAGGGGAUGACCAGAGACUGCGGACAUAGUACAGGAGAUGACCAGAGACUGCGGACACAGUACAGGAGAUGACCAGAGACUGCGGACAGCACAGGGGAUGACCAGAGACUGCGGACACAGUACAGGAGAUGACCAGAGACUGCGGACAGUACAGGAGAUGACCAGAGACUGCGGACACAGUACAGGAGAUGACCAGAGACUGCGGACACAGUACAGGAGAUGGUCAGAGACUGCGGACACAGUACAGGAGAUGACCAGAGACUGCGGACAUAGUACAGGAGAUGACCAGAGACUGCGGACACAGUACAGGAGAUGACCAGAGACUGCGGACACGGUACAGGAGAUGACCAGAGACUGCGGACACAGUACAGGAGAUGACCAGAGACUGCGGACA